CAAGAAAGAACUAGGGAAAGUUUGGUUUGCAUCGCUGUUGUGGCUGCCUACUCUAGAUGUUUUUUGGCUAACCUAUGCGGCCUAGGUGGAGAAGUUGAGGUCCUCGAGCCGCUCCAACAGACAAGCCUUGGUCCUGCGCCGGAACGUCAGGAGAGCUAAGGGUGAAAAGUCUGCGAGGCUUGGGUAGAGUCACCUGAGGAGCUCGCACCGCGGAGUCUCUUCUCACCUCGCCUUGCCUUCCCACUAGAGGAAGCGAGAGUCAGCCGAGCAGUGAAUUGAGUGUUUUGGGACCUCUGUCUUUUGCAAACAUGAAUGGAAAGUACAGAGGCAGAGGAUUUGGACAAGGAAGAGUUCAAAGCUGGAAAAGUGGAAGAGGUGGUAGGGGCUUCUCAGGCAAAUGGAGAGAAAAAGAGCACAGACCUGACCUGAAUAAAGCCACAGGAAAACAUCCUGAACAAAUCCCACAGUCUUUGCUACUACAGUCAACAUUGGAUCAGUUCAUACCAUAUAAAGGCUGGAAGCUUUAUUUCUCUGAAGUUUACAGUGACAGCAUUCCUUUUAUUGAGAAGAUUGAAGCAUUUGAAAGUUUUUUCACAGAGCGUAUUGAGUUAUAUGAUAAGGAUGAAAUAGAAAGAAAGGGAAGUAUUUUGGUGGAUUUUAAAGAACUGAUAAAUGAUGAUGAAAUAACUAAACUGAUACCAAAUAUAGCAAAUGAAUUAAGGGAUACACCUGAGAAAACCCUGGCUUGCAUGGGUCUGGCAAUACAUCAGGUAUUAACUAAGGACCUCGAAAGGCAUGCAGCUGAGCUACAAGCCCAAGAAGGAUUGUCUCGAAAUGGGGAAACAGUGGUUAAUGUGCCACACAUUCACGCAAGGGUGUAUAAUUAUGAGCCGCUGACACGGUUGAAGAAUGUCCGAGCAAAUUACUAUGGAAAAUACAUUGCUCUGAGAGGAACAGUGGUUCGAGUCAGUAAUACAAAGCCUCUUUGUACCAAGAUGGCUUUUCUUUGUGCUGCAUGUGGAGAAAUUCAGAGUUUAUCUCUUCCAGAUGGAAAAUAUAAUCUUCCCACAAAGUGUCCUGCACCAGCAUGUCGAGGGAAGUCAUUUACAGCUCUUCGUAGUUCUCCUCUCACAGUUACGAUGGACUGGCAGUCAAUCAAAAUACAGGAGUUGAUGUCUGAUGAUCAGCGAGAAGCAGGUCGGAUUCCACGAACAAUAGAAUGUGAGCUUGUUCAUGAUCUCGUGGAUAGCUGCGUCCCAGGAGACACAGUGACUAUCACCGGAGUUGUCAAAGUCUCCAACGCUGAGGAAGGUUCUCGAAAUAAGAAUGACAAAUGCAUGUUCCUUUUGUACAUUGAAGCAAAUUCUGUUAGCAAUAACAAAGGACAGAAAACAAAGGCUUCCGAGGAUGGAUGUAAGCAUGGAGCAUUGAUGGAGUUCUCACUUAAAGACCUUUAUGCCAUCCAGGAGAUUCAGUCUGAAGAAAACCUGUUUAAACUCAUUGUCAACUCGCUUUGCCCUGUCAUUUUUGGUCAUGAACUUGUUAAAGCAGGUUUGGCAUUAGCACUCUUUGGAGGAAGCCAGAAAUAUGCAGAUGACAAGAACAGAAUUCCAAUUCGAGGAGAUCCCCAUGUCCUUGUUGUUGGAGACCCAGGCUUGGGAAAAAGUCAGAUGCUACAGGCGGUAUGCAGUGUUGCUCCACGUGGCGUGUAUGUUUGUGGUAAUACCACAACCACCUCUGGUUUGACUGUAACUCUUUCAAAAGAUAGUUCCUCUGGAGAUUUUGCUUUGGAAGCUGGUGCCCUAGUACUUGGUGAUCAAGGUAUCUGUGGAAUAGAUGAAUUUGAUAAAAUGGGGAAUCAACAUCAAGCCUUGUUAGAAGCCAUGGAACAGCAAAGUAUUAGUCUUGCUAAGGCUGGCAUGGUUUGUAGCCUCCCUGCAAGAACUUCCAUCAUUGCUGCUGCAAAUCCAGUUGGAGGACACUACAAUAAAGCCAAAACAGUUUCUGAGAAUUUAAAGAUGGGGAGUGCCCUACUAUCCAGAUUUGAUCUGGUCUUUAUCCUGUUAGACACUCCAAAUGAAGAUCAUGAUCAUUUACUCUCUGAGCAUGUGAUUGCAAUAAGGGCUGGAAAGCAGAGAGCUGUUAGCAGUGCCACAGUAGCUCGUAUGAAUAGUCAGGAUUCAAAUACUUCUAUACUUGAAGUGGUUUCUGAUAAGCCACUAUCAGAAAGACUAAAGGUGGUUCCUGGAGAAACAAUAGAUCCAAUUCCCCACCAGUUAUUGAGAAAGUACAUUGGCUACUCUCGGCAGUAUGUCUAUCCAAGGCUAUCCACAGAAGCUGCUCAGAUUCUUCAGGAUUUUUACCUUGAGCUCCGGAAGCAGAGCCAGCGGUUAAGUAGCUCACCAAUCACUACUAGGCAGCUGGAAUCUUUGAUUCGUCUAACAGAGGCACGAGCAAGGUUGGAAUUGAGAGAGGAAGCAACUAAAGAAGAUGCUGAGGACAUAGUUGAAAUUAUGAAAUACAGUGCCUGGUUCUACUAGAGAAUGUCACGUGCUCUACGUCAUUUGACUGUUGGCAAAUCAAGGGUCAGACUACCUCAGCAACUUGCCUUCAGCUGUAACAUUGGUUUUUUGAGGCUUUACCCUUCAUCAGUUUCCAAAGACCUCAGACCCCAGACUGCCUCAAGUAGCCACUCUGGUGUUUCUCUACAGUAAAUCCAUGGUUCUGUGGAUGCCAUGGAUUAGUUCUCAUAUGUGAGCAUUAUACUUAAAUUUUAAUUGCCUUUUCAAUAAAAAUGCUAUAGUUCUCAUUUAUGAAUAGUUCUACAUGUGUGAAUACUCAUGUCAAACAAUGUUUGCAUGUGCUUUUCCUAAUGGAAAUUGUAUUGUUUCUACUUCUCAAAGUUGCCUUGCUGAUGAAACUGAAUUAACUUCAGACUGUCAGUUUUCUUCUGGGAUCCUGAAAAAAGAGGUCUCAUGAUUAAGUGUAAAUAGCACCCACAUCAGAUUACUAGUUGGUGUCCCUGAAUUGCUUGAGUAUUUACCAACUUUUAUAAAAACGUUCAGAGAAAAAAAAAAAGGCUAGUUUGAUUCCAAGGGAGAAGGAAAUGGCAACCCACUCCAGUACUCUUGCCUGGAAAAUUCCACGGAUAGAGGAGCCUGGUGGGCUACAGUCCAUGGGGCCGCAGAGUCGGACAUAACUGAGCGACUUCACUUUCUUCUUUCUUUGAUUCCAAAUGAUUGGAAUUACCUAGCAUUAUUUCCAUGGUAGAGAUCAAGACCCAAUUAAACACAACUGAGACUAGAUUGUGAAUUAUCUGCUUUGUUACAAUUAACAUGCUUUCUGUCCUUAGUCUAAACUCUGAGACAAGAGAGUUAUCUGUCAUAUUUACCGCUGUACUCCCAGGGCCUAGACUCAUGCCUUGCACACAGUAGGCUCUCAGUAAAUAUACUACAUUGAUUUUUAGGUUGAUUUUAGUAAUCAUUUUUCAUUCAUUAAAUCUUCCAUUUCAGAGUUUCUGUCUCUUUAGCUUUGAAUAUUUGUCCUUAACAUGGUUUUGAACCUGUAAAAUUACAUUUUAACUGGGAAGCAGAAGCCUAAAUAAGAAAAAUCUAAACUGCUGACAGUAUAUCAUAGAGCACAUAGCUAUAAAAACCCCGUGUUUAUGGGAAACAGUUCAUGUAAGCUCUCUCUGUAAAUAUACUAGGAAGUAGAAGAGAACAGAGCCACCUUCAGAGGUUGAGAGAUCAUUGUGAACUAUUUCUGUGUAAGGAAAGUAACUCAAACAUUUUACAUACUUUUCUUCAAAUCUGAAGCAGUGUAGCUCAGACUCAGAUCCCAGAUAUGACACUUAAUUAGCUUUGUAACCUUUGGCAAGUCACUUAACCUUACAAGACUUUGUAUCUUCAUCUGUAAAACGGAAAUAAGAAUAAUCCUCAAGUAAUAGGAUUGCUGGAAGGGCUAAAUUGGACACAUGGUUCAGUUCAGUUCAUUUGCUCAGUCAUGUCUGACUGUGUGACCCUGUGGACUGCAGCACACCAAGGUUCCCUGUCCUUCACCAUCUCCCCGAGCUUGCUCAAACUCAUGUCCAUUGAGUC